GAGCUACUCAUUGCGGUGCGUGAAAUGCUGGGCUAGGCUUGCAGCAGGCAGCGCGCGCGCGCUAUGAGCCCGAGAAUUGCGUUGCUUCAGUAGGGCGCAUCUCUGGGCUGCCUGCUGCCAGCCGCCCUCUCGUCUGCUGCCGGGCGUCGUGUGCGGCUCGGCGAUUGGUCGGUCCCGGCCCGACCCGAGCCAAUCGGAGGCCGGCGUCGCAGACGACGCCAGGGGUCGCCGCUGUUGCUGUGCGCGCCGUCGUUUCCCUUCUUUCCUCGCUUCUCGGAGAGGGCAAAAAAAAGCGGCGAAAAGAAGGCAAAAAGAGCGGCUUUUUUUCUUGGUAUUUUUCGGACGAGUGGCGAAACUUUAUGUUGGUUUCCUCCGAAAGGACAGCGCUGGCGGCGGAUUGAGGCGUCCACGAUGGGAAUGAUUCCGUGAAAGCGACGGCGCGUGCUGCUGGCUGGCCCUCGGCGGAUCGGAUUAUUACCUGGUCGAAGCGUCGUGCUGCCGCCGUGUUGUGCCCGCGCGAUGACGGCGCAGCGGCAGCGGGGAUGGACACGCCGGACGACCCCGUCCUGCUCGCCAAGCAGUCCGACUGGACCAAGGGAAGCAGCCAGCUCUUCUACCUGGACACCAUCCGCGUCAAACGAGAACAGCAGCCGCAACAGCCGCCCCUGGCGCAGCCGCCGCAGCCGGGGGUGGGCACCAAGGGGGUGGCCACGUACGGACGCCUGGUGACGCAGGACCAGCUGGCAGCCAUGGCGACGGACCCUCAGCACCAGCAUCCACUCCUCCCCUACAAGUUCAGAGACUCUGGGCAAGCACCCCUGCGCAAGCUCAGCGUAGACCUCAUCAAGACCUACAAGCACAUCAACGAGGUGUACUAUGCCAAGAAGAAGCGGCGUGCGCAGCAGCCCCAAGGCGAGGAUCAGAGCCACAAGAAAGAGCGCAAGCUGUACAACGAAGGCUUUGACGACGACAACCAUGAUUACAUCAUCCGCAACGGCGAGCGGUUCCUUGACCGCUACGAGAUUGACUCUCUCAUCGGCAAGGGCUCCUUUGGACAGGUGGUGAAGGCAUACGACAGGGAAGAGCAGUGCUUUGUGGCCAUCAAAAUCAUAAAAAACAAGAAACCCUUCCUGAACCAAGCUCAAAUUGAAGUGAAGCUCCUGGAGAUGAUGAACAGCCAUGAGAGCAAUGGUACCUGCUGUCAAGUGGGCAAGGACAAGAUCGUCAAGUUAAAAGGGCACUUCAUGUGGCGCAACCACCUCUGCCUGGUCUUCGAGCUGCUCUCGUACAACCUGUACGACCUGUUACGCAACACCAACUUCAGCGGGGUCUCCCUGAACCUGACGCGCAAGUUUGCACAGCAAAUGUGCACGGCGCUCGUGUUCCUCUCUCACCCGGACUUGAGCAUCAUCCACUGCGACCUCAAGCCCGAGAACAUUCUGCUGUGCAAUCCCAAGCGCAGUGCCAUCAAGAUCGUCGACUUCGGCAGCUCCUGCCAGUUGGGGCAGAGGAUCUACCAGUACAUCCAGAGUCGGUUCUACCGGUCUCCCGAGGUCUUGCUAGGCAUUCCGUACGACAUGGCCAUCGACAUGUGGAGCUUAGGGUGCAUCCUGGUGGAAAUGCACACGGGAGAACCGCUCUUCAGUGGAGCCAACGAGGUGGACCAGAUGAACAAAAUAGUCGAGGUGCUGGGUCUUCCUCCCAAAGCCCUGCUGGACAAAGCACACAAGGCGCGCAAGUACUUCGAAAAGCUUCCCGACGGCAGCUACAUGCUCAAGAAGGCCAAGGACGGCAAAAAGCAGUACCGUGGAGCGGGGACGCGCCGGUUGCACGAGGUGCUCGGGGUGGAAACGGGUGGCCCUGGGGGUCGCCGGCAGUCCGAGCCGGGGCACUCCGUGGCCGACUACCUCAAGUUCCGAGACCUGGUUUUACGCAUGCUGGACUACGACCCAAAGGGCCGGAUCACGCCGCACCAUGCGCUGCAGCAUUCGUUCUUCCGUCGCACCGCGGACGAGGGCACGAACACGUCGACGUCUCCGGCGGCCCUGGACGGUUCUGGCGCGGCGGUGCCCCUGGCCUUGCUCCAGGGCGCGCCCCACCCCUCCCAGGGCACCCAGGGGCCCUCCUUGCCCCCCCACAGCAACAACGGGGCCUCCUCCUCCUCGGCCUCCUCGGGCGCCAGUUCCUCCUCCUCUUCGGGCGGCCGUACCCGGUGCGACCCCACGACGGCGACCGCGGGCACCGCGCCCACGGCCCCUCAUCCGUUGCACAACUGUGCCCCCUCCAAGGCCUCUGUCAUCAUCGGAGGGCCCUCCAUGGACUGCGAAAGCCCCGCCUACCGGGGGGCCAAGCCCCGCCCCCACCCUCACGGACCCCGGCCCCUCCCCGACCGACUCAGCCCCAUGGACACGCUGGGCUACCACCACGUGGGCUACGUCGGGGGCGGAGCCUUCCCGCGGGGGACGGGCCCCGCCGACGGGGACGACUCGCCCAUGCUGGGAGUGUGCGUGGAUUCGGCACCGGUCGUCUCCCAUUGAUGUGGCCCCUGCCUAGGAGUGGUGCACCAGUGGGGCGCUUGUUGUUGCGUGGGGCCUCCCGCCGGGCGGGUCCUGUGGCCGCAGACUCUGGGACACUGGGACUGCGGCAAGCAGAGGCCGCAGGACGCCCCCCUUGGCGGGGAGGCGGUGUGUAGCGACGGUGUACAUAGGAGGGCGGCGUGUACAUAGGGAGCCUGCCCCUACUGGGAGGAGGGCCGAGUAAUUUAUACCUGUACAUGCGUGUGUGUGCCGCUCCCGACGCUUGCGCGGGCCAUUGGGAGGGGUCGGGGCAUUGUAUCUUAUGUACAUAACUAUAAAUAUAUACAUACAAUAUAAAUACUAUAAAUAUAUACGCAGCACUCCCUCGCAUCCCCAUCUGUGGUGGAGUGUGCGGGGCGGCAAGCGAGUUUGAACCGGGACCGAUAUUUAUUUGCUUUCCUCUCACCAUUUCUCUACUUACAGGCAUACGAGCUCUCUCUCUCUCUCUCUUCCAUUUGGGUUUGUUUCCUCGGCCCACCUCUGUUGAUCGUGCCCUCGUUUCCCUGCUAGUUCUCCCGCCGUUCUGGGCAGCGCAAAAAUUAACUUCCCCCUCAAGUCGUCUCGCUCCCUUAGUCUCUUUGCCAAUAGCAGCACAUCUCUUUCUCUCUCUCUCUCUCCUUCCUUCCCUGAUUUCAUGCAGUGUAAAUAGGGUCAUUGAUAUAUCCAUAUACACACACACACAAACACAAACAUUGCAGAUGACUGGGGACUGAUGAUCGUGGAUUGAAGAGUGCAAGUGGUUUUUGUAAAAGCUGCUCCUCGGAGGAGACUAGCGUUAUAGGGGACAGGAGAGUGUUGCAGACUUUUCUUACCAACCUUUCUUCCAUUUUUUUUUUAAAGUUUUCUUUAUUUUUUUUUUU